AUGAGAAAGUGCUGCUUUUGUGUGCCUUUGAGGAAAGGGGUUAUUAUUUUUGGAUAUGUAAAUCUGGUUUUCAGUCUCUUACUGUUCCCAUUCCUUGUGUUUCUUCUCGUCGAAGAAUUGACGACAGGAAAGAAAGCAAAAGAAGAAGAAGACGAUGGCAUCUUUAGGACCAGUAUUAUACACCUCCCACUGACAAUUACAUUUCUAAUAGUAGAUGUGAUCAUGACCAUCAUUUUGUUAAUUGGGGCUCAUAAGAGACAUCGAUCUUUACUACGAGUUUAUUUCUACUGCGGCGUGCUGUUCCAAGUGCUCACGCUAUGCGUGGACCUCGUGUACUUCGACUUUAGAGAAUAUAUCGAGAAUAUUGUAUAUUUUACUUGUUUGGACUGCAGUCGGUGGAACAGAAGACUCUCAGUGAGCAAAGUAUCGCGUCGCGUUACACACGUAGCUAUGUCGGCCACCGUCGAAACUAACUUGAAAGAUAAGAUAUGCAGCUACGUGGAGAUCCCCAUCCUGACAAGAUGCUGCUUCUGCUUGCCGCUGAGGAAAGGCCUCAUUGCUUUCGCUUAUAUCAAUUUGAUGCUUACGCUGGCAGUUACCUCAAUGCUCUCGAUGUACAUCACCUCGGUACGAACAUCGAACCUAGACCUUCAAGACGAGUCCGAGUACCCGCGCCUCAUCGCCGAUACCACAGCUCUCGUGCUAGAAGUCACUAUGACUCUCAUUUUCAUCGUUGCUUUGCAUAGGAAACACGUGCUGCUAAUGAAAAUAUACCUGUAUUUUGAAAUCAUAUUUUCGGUCAUCGGCUUCGUGUACAGCCUCGCGUUCCUCACGAAGGAGACCGCCAGCGAGCUAUUCUUAAUACUUUUCCAAUUAAUGGUACAAAUCUACUUGGUGAUACUGAUUUGGAGCUCAAUUGUGAAGAUGCAGCGAGAUGGGACCGUCAAGUACACGCGAGAACAGGACGCCGUG